GUUUUUUCUUUAUAUUACUUUAUAACUUUGAGGUUAUCGUUUAUCGAAGAAACUAUUUCUUAUUAUAAUAUAUACAAUAGUUCCUAAAGUUUUCUAUUUCUAUGAUUACACAUAUUUUGUAUAGAAAUAUGUCUCAAAGAGUUGUUUUCAAAUUAAUUAACAAUGCCGAAGUAGCUGACAAAAAAAUUAUUGACUUGCGACAGAAAUUAGAAGAGGUGAAGAAAAUCAAAGUGCAGGAGAAAAUUAAACAUCUUACUUUUGAAAAUGAAACUUUGUCAGUUAAAGUACAACAAGCAAGGAAUGAAUUAAUCCGACUUGAAAUUAUGAAUGGUAAGAAUCAGUAUCCAAUUCCUGGAAAAAUUAUUACAAAAGCAUUAGAUGCACCACCACUGAAAACUGAUGUUCAAAAAGAACAAAUCCAGAAGGAGAAUAAAAAGAAAGAAAAGGAGCCUGCUAAAAAGUUAAAAGAAAAUUCAAAUGAGAUCAAUAGUACUGUAGUAGAUGUACGAAAAUUAGAUUUUAGAAUUGGAAAAAUCAUAGAUAUAAAUAAACAUCCAGAUGCAGAUAGUCUUUAUGUAGAAAAAAUAGACUGUGGUGAAGGGAAGCCUAGAACGGUUGUAUCUGGUUUAGUAAAUCAUGUGCCAAUAGAGGAAAUGCAAAACCGUAUUGUUAUGGUGCUAUGUAAUCUAAAGCCUGUCAAGAUGAGAGGAAUAACAUCAGAGGGCAUGGUUAUGUGUGCCUCAUCUCCAGAUAAAGUUGAAGUUUUAAUUCCUCCAAGUGAAGCAAUCCCAGGAGACCUUGUCAUAUGUGAAGGGUAUCCCAGAGAGCCAGAAGCUCAACUCAAUCCAAAGAAAAAAAUAUUUGAGACAUGUGCACCAGACUUGAAAACUAAUGAUGACAAAGUUGCCUGUUACAAAGACAACCCAUUAAUUGUGCCUGGAAAAGGGGCAGUUACAGCUCCAACACUAAAAAGUGUUAGUGUAAAAUAGAAAUAAAAUAUACAAAUGCAUAUUUUGAAAAAUAAAAUG